AUGUCAGUUCAACAGGGGACUUUGACAGAAUUCUUGGACAUAACAAAGCUAGCUAAUUUCAGACAAAAUUUCGUAGAUGCUGGAUGCCCAGAAAAAGGCUUUGUUCCUGCUCUGCUUGCCUAUGAUGAUACUGCCCUCUCAACAUUUAUUAACGGGCUGGGGCUUCCUUUAUUCCAACAAGGUAUAGUUGGUACCUUUGUGCGAAAUCACCGUAACGGAAGAGAACGGGGGCGGUCACGUUCACCUCUUGGUGAUUUAAAUAAACCAACUAAGCGGCACAAAGCCGAAGCUCCACACUACCAGUUCUUUAAAGACACAUUGAAGCUAAUUAAAUAUCUGAAGAAUUAUUCCAAUGUAUCACCUGAAGCAUCUACACAACAUGCAGAUCCAGAGGACACCAUCCGAAUUAUAAGCACAUCCAGUACACCAACAUCUAUGCAACAUGCUGACUACCAUCUAGGCUGUAUUAUCCAACAUAAGAAAGGCCAUAACAUUGCAGUAAUCAAAAGACAAGCCCUGUAUGUGAGGCAAUCUUAUGUGGAUCUUUAUAAAGUGCUUAUUAGAGCCACAGAUGCGGGGGAUAAAACAAGUUUAGAUUACUAUCCAAAGUAUCUCCUUACAGGCACAUCGGGGAUUGGCAAAUCUUGUUUUUUAGCUUACCUUUUAAUCGAGCUUUUGCUUCAUCGUGAUGUCGUUGUGAUUUUCCAGCCUCCAGAUGGUGAACUCGUUUAUUGUUUUGAAGGUUUAGAGCAGUUAGGAGUUGGUCGCUUAAGCGAAUUUAUGCAUCACCUUAACUCUGUUGAAACAUGGUAUCUAGUAGACAGUGUUACAGGCGUUUGGGAUCUCCGAGCGAUAACAGUGAUUGCAAUGUCACCAAACAGUAUUGCAAACGACAAAUUCGAAUUGGAGAAGACUAUCGUAAACACAUAUCAUAUGCCACCAUGGACCAUGGAAGAGCUAAUAAUUUGCAGGAAAUAUGUGUUCCCAACUAUUCCACAACAGUUGAUGCUAACUCUAUAUGAUAAAGCCGGAGGAGUUCCUCGAUAUGUUCUCCAACGUCCAACAUUCCUAAUUUCACAGUACAACCCAAAUGAUCCUGAGAACCUGGCUAAAAUCAUCGCAACGACUCUGCAGCGUAUUUAUGGUGCCAUUCAGGAAGUUGGCGAUUUCGAACGUCUUGUACGAUGUCUUUCCGAAGAUGCUAAAUUUAUUAAAUUUAGCAAUCGCCUUAUCCAUCGAUGGCCUACUGAUCUGUCAUAUGAUGGUUACCAUCGUGCAUGGGCGUCAGAUUAUAUCUAUCAAUCUGUGGAGAAGAAAUUGAAUGACGAGAUAUGGAACAAGCUUUAUCGACAGAUCCAAGAUCAGAGUAAUCCUUUUAUUGCUAGAGGCAUCAUGUUCGAAUCAUACGUGCGUCAUAUCCUUCCGAUGUGGAUAAUGAAGGAACUGAUGAAACUAUUCACUCAUACCAGCACAACCACACUUAGUGCCCCAUGUGACAUUGAAGAAUCCAUGUUCACCUUACCAAAAAAACCACAAUUGGAUUGCAUUUUUCAAAGUACUGUCUCACUAAAACAUCCAAUCAAACAGAAAGAGCUUGUAGAUUUAGUUAAAAAUAUGGCUGCCUACAGGAGGAAUCAUGACACAACAAUUCGAUUAUACUUUGUGGUGCCUGCAGACAUAUAUGAUGACUUUACAUACCAAGCAUAUUUAACCCGGGAAAAAAAGCCUGGUGACGACGUCGAGACUUUGAGACCUGUCAUCCGUGAAUCCCGCACUCUCCAGAACGUGGAACAAUGGGUCCUGAGAGUUGACACUACACGAAAGGUACCUGUUUUUUCUCGACUGGCAAAGGCUACUGUUGCUGUUGCUACCUCAUGCGCGGGUUUGACAGAAAACUGA